AUGGAGGAGAUGGUGAGGAGCCUGCUACAGAACCAGGACACACUGGAGGGCCCCAGGGUGGAUCCAUUAGACCUCAUGAAGGCCUACAAGGUCCAGCACUGACCAUAUUGGUUCAUUUGCUUUCUGUUUAUGUUGUUAACUAAAUAAUGAAAACAUUUUGUUAUGCAAGUAUGCAACACCUGAUAAAUCACCUUCCAGGUUCUGUAAUAAACAGUGUUGGAUAAAAGGCUGUGAACAAUCAGCGAUUUUGGGGGAGAAAUGAUCAUAUCACAAAAAAAUAUAUUACCUUUCAGUUCACUGUCAUCGGCAAUCCCCUGUAAUAUCGUGAUGUACUACAUACAGUAGCGUGGGGGCAGGGUAUUCGGAAGAGACCGUGGGAAGAGUGGUCACCCUUAGGUUAGAUUCUAUCAAAUCUCCUGAUGAAGGUCAUAUACUGUAGCAGCUUAGGCUAGUCAUACAUUCUGACACGAACGCAGCGACCGUCAAGAGCAGGUACGACCACUGGGGUUCGCCUGGCCCCAAGGCAAGUACGCUAACCACAGUCCCAAAAUAGUUAAUAAACUGGGGAAUGCUACCAACUCAUUCAGGCCAGGGUCGUUACAAUACAAUACGUCGAUGGGGUGCUAUUGUAUUGUCAUAUAAAAAACAUUUCACCCUGAUCUCUGUGCAAGAUAUCAUUUUGUUUUUCCUGUUUCCCAUUUUGGGGUCUUUGGCCACAAUUCAGGUUUUAAGUACCUGUAACACAUUGUUAAUCAUGAUUAAUGGGAAAGUGGCUGGAUUUUAAUUUGCACAUAUGUAACACUGCACUACACUGCAUGUAUAAGUAAUUAUGAGGGAAGUAUGUGUCACUGGAGACCUUACUAAUUGUCUACUGGAUAGUUGCUUGGUUUCGAGAAAGUUGCAAUGCGAUGAACAGUAAAUCGAUUUGCAGCCAUGAUGUUUUGUAGACUCGACAGCACACUAUGUCCUCACACGCCUUUUCAAUUAGUCCUCAUCUUGAGCGUUUGGGAGAUGCUAUUGAUUGGCGUAGGUAGCGAGGGUGAAAGUGCUUGACAUAAAAACGAACGCAGCGUAGUACAAAUGCCAAUAAGCCUCAUAAUUCAAAUGCAUUUUUAAUCAUCAGGGCUUUUAAAGUUAUUUCACAAGACUUCAUGGAAGGAAGGAGAUCUUUAUAAAUGUUUGAUGUUUUUGUAACAUAUGGGGUCCCAUAUUUCAUAAUGUUACAGAUAAUUAAUGCCAAGUUGUUUGGGGGGUCAACCAAGGACAACCCCUAUGAGUUAUGGUGGAAAACUGGUCAAAUAAGCAGCUAGCAAAAUAAGAAGUAGCCUACAGUGUUAGUUGUGGCUGUAAAACCAACUAUAAUUGUGAAGAGGCAGCUACAAAAUAUCAAAUAUAACAUUAAACAAAUCCUGUGAUUGUUUUUCUUGGAAGGAGUCAAAAUACUAUGAUUUGGAAGUCUUAAUUUGCUUGCCUGCACAGUGCUUGUAGCUACAUCCAUAUACAGCAAACUGCAGAUGCAGAACAGCAGUUCACCUUCUGUAUAUUAGUAAAUAAAAUCCAUACUGUAGGCCAAAUUCAAUGUCAUUCUAUGAAUACUUUGUGUACAUGUAUAGUAUAUUGUAUGCUAGAGAAAAUAGAGGAGGCAAAUAGCCCAUUAGUUCCAAUAGGCAACUAGUUUCAGCAACUUUGUGGCUCCCUGCAACCCCUCUCUCUAUGGUUUAGGACAAACUCCUGGAGGAGAUGUGGAAACAGCAGAACAGUCUGGAGGGCCCACCGCCCCCCUCGACAGAAAGGAGGCCCAACUCUCCAGGAGCCAGCAGUAGUGGACACGAGGAGGACUACGAUGAAACCAAGCCCAUUCUAGAGCGUCUGCGGGCCCUUGAGGUAAGCUCAGCUACAGAAGGGUCUCUUUUCCCUUAGUACCUCUCUCCAUCCUCUCUUAUGGAUAAUAAGUACUUCAUUAGGUUAAUUAUCAAUAUAAAUGUUUUACUGUAAUGUCAUACUUUGGUAUAUACGAAGUUGGUCAGGAACGGGAAGCCCAUUCACAUUGGCUAAUUUGUAUUAUAUCAUUAUAUAAGCAUAAAUUAAGAGUAGAUAAAGUGCUGGUUACAAUGGUGUUACUUGUAUGUAGGUCAGAGACGGACAAUCUUGGAGGCUUUCUCUCCAACCAAAUAGAAAUGCACUUGAUUCUACUAAUUAAAGGUGAUUGGUCAAGCUAUGAUUAGUUGAACCAGGUGUGUUACUGCUUGGCUGGAGCAAACGCCUGCCCCUACACUGGACAUUCUUUGUCUGAAUAUGGCCCAUAAAGAGAACAUUUUAAAUUCUCCAAAGGUUAUAUGAGGAUACCAUAGUGCAGUGGGCACCGUACUGAAGCGGAUAGUAUCUGGCCUGUCAGAAACACUUUUGAUAACUAUACACAUUCAUUCUGUAUGUUGUAGCUGCCAGGUAACAUUCCUUAGACCAUCAAUCGUACUUUAGUCUGGCUGAUUCCAUUAUGAGCUAAGAGCUCAUUGAAUACAUAGUCCCAGGUUAAUGCAGAAAGAAGCUUGAUGAAACGAUAAGAUGACAGUGAUUCUAUUCAUUCUAUUCUAUUCUACUCUAUUCAUUCUUUGUGUUCAUUUCAGUAUUUUCUAUUUGAAAAGGCCUGAGUAUAUUCAUGCAAAGAGGACUGGGUCUGAUUUGACAGUACUUAGUCAUAUCCAGUACAUGAUAAUUAAAUAACGAACAGGGUAGUUAACGUUUGAAGCCCAUGUUCCUUUGAAUGUAUUCCUCAUAGAAAUGUUUGCAGUUUCAAAGGUAUUAUUGCAAUUUUGCCAUGAGGUGGAGAGAAACUUUAGCAGUUUUAAAGCACAUUUCCUGCAAUUCUACACAUUUUGCCAUGAUUUAUGCCAUGUUCAAAUUAUAUCUGAGUGAGAGUGACUAACAAUAUCAAUAGGGGCCCCCUGGAGGUCAGGACCCCUGGGCACAUGCCCUGUGUGCCCGGUCGGUAAUUUGGUGGUGUUUACUACAAGGUUUAGAUAGCUGGCUAGACUACCUUACCUAGCAAUCUAAAACAUGUUAGCCGACGUGCUAAUUGAGAGACUGUCAGUAACCAUGUUUCCAUCCACAGUUUUUAAGUCAUACCGUAUAAAAAGAAAUUCACGACAGCUGUGAUGGAAACAGGACGUUUCGGUACAAUUUAUAAAUGCCGACAGUUCAUUUGUUCGUUCGACAUGAUGUGAUCUUUUUGUGUCGGUAAAAUUAUUUAUGAGCAAAAUGGUGGUGGAAACGCCUUUAUGCGCAAAUAUUUAUAUAAUAACCAUCAUGUCGAAGUAAACUCUGAGUCACGCGAUGAUAUGGUGUGUGGUCCUCCCACUACGAUUUGGGAAACCAUGCAGUUUAUUAGGCUACAUUGAACUUCAGAGGGUGUUGAAAGUGCAGGGUGAUCUUGAUGCUCCUUUCCAGUAAAUAUACAGGGUCUUAUUCUGGUGACAUGAUGAUCGAUGCUUGACUGCCUUUUGACAAAUAAAAUAUUCUUGCUCUUACCCAUAAUAAUCUCAUCAUAUAGACUAGCCUAACCGCACAGCCUACCCACACUGUGUCUGCCAGCUGUUGGCUAGAGCGCACGUGCCAAGACCAGAGUAGGCAAAUUUGCUACUUAACUCAGCAGUUUUAGUGAAAAAACUAUCGGUAGAGUUGAAAAUGCGAUGGAAACACAUUGAACUUUACGUUUUUAUUCGGUACAUGAAAACUUAAGCAAAAAAUUAGAUUUUGUGUGCACUAAGUCAUCUCGCACUGAUUUCUACCCACAACAACUCCAUUUUGUAGAAACACACCACUGGUGUGAAAUUGCGCAUAUCUUCUUUAUACGGAAUCUAGAAUAUUUGCAUGAAAAUCUGUCGCCAACUGGAUGGACUAUUAUAUAUAUAUCCACAUUAAUUAGACUGGAUUAAUGAAAACAGUGUCAUCUAACUCAGCAGUAGCCUUCAUAGUUUUAAUUGUAUUACAAUGAAAUGUAUUUGGAAUUGAGAUAGAGCAUCUCAGGAGGAUGACAUCCACAUUUCAUUUAGCAUGCAACCAUGACUAUUACUUCCAUAAACUGGUUUCUUGAAUAACAUUGAAUACCUUGUCUGCCUCUGUACACUCUAUUGCAUAUUUUAUGUUUUGACUUUCAGACUCAUAUAUUUUCAUGGUGUCUGCUUUCCCUUUGAAAUUAUACUUGUAAUAAACUUUGACUUACAUUAUACAUUUUUUCAUUUAAUUUCAAACUACUUCCCUAGUUUUCCGGCUGUGAAACACACUUCAAAAAUCUAAUCUAAUCAAAUUUGAUUUGUCACAUGCUUUGUAAACAACAGGUGUAGACUAGCAGUGAAAUGCUUACUUAAGGGUCCUUCCCAAACAAUGCAGAGAGAAAAAUAGAGAAAUAAUAGAAAAAUAAUAACACAAGGAAUAAAAUCACAAUGAGUAACGAUAACUUGGUUAUAUACACAGGGUACCAGUACCGAGUCGAUGUGCAGGGGUACGUGUUAAUCGAGGUAGCUUGCUGUGCGGUAGCAGAGAGAACAGCCUAUGACUUGGGUGGCUGAAGUCUUUGACAAUUUGUAGGGCCUUCCUCUGACACCGCCUGGUAUAUAGGUCCGGAAUGGCAGGGAGCUCGGCCCCAGUGAUGUACUGGGCCAUACGCACAACCCUCUAUAGUGCCUUGUGGUCUGAUGCCAAGCAGUUGCCAUACCAAGAGGUGAUGCAGCCAGUCAAGAUGCUCUCAAUGGUGCAGUUGUAUAACUUCUUUGUGUUUUUUUUUAUGAUCUGAGGGUCCAUGCUAGGCGUGCCUUCUUCAUGACUGUGUUGGUGUGUGUGGACCAUUAAUUCCUCAGUGAUGUGGACACCAAGGAACUUGAAGCGCUCAACCCGCUCCACUACAGCCCCAUCGAUAUGGAUGGGGGCAAGCUCUGCCCUCCAUUUCCAGUAGUCCACGAUCAGCUCCUUUGUCUUGCUGACGUUAAGUGAAAAGUUGUUGUCCUGGCACCCCACUGCCAGGUCACUGACCUCCUCCCUGUAGGCUGUCUCAUCGUCGUCGGUGAUCAGGCCUACUUAAUGACGGUGUUGGAGUCGUGCGCGACCACGCAGUCGUGGCUGAACAGGGAGUACAGGAGGGGACUAAGCACGCACCCCUGAGGGGCUCCCGUGUUGAGGGUCAGCGUCGCGGAUAUGUUGUUUCCUACCAUCACCCUGUCAGGAAGCACAGGAUCCAGUUGCAGAGGGAGGUGUUCAGUCCCAGGGUGCUGAGCUUAGUGAUGAGCUUGGUGGGCACUAUUGUGUUGAAUGCUGAGUUGUAGUUAAUGAGCAGCAUCCUCACAUAGGCGUUCCUCUUAUACAGUCGGGAGAGGGCAAUGUGGAAUGCAAUAGAGGUUGCGUCAUCUGUGCAUCUGUUGGGGCGGUAUGUGAAUUAGAGUGGGUCCAGGGUGUCCGGGAUGAUGGUGUUGAUGUGAGCCAUGACCAGCCUUUCAAAGCAUUUCAAGGCUUCAGAUGUGAGUGCUACGGGGCGAUAGUCAUUUAUACAGGUCAACUUUGGCGUUCUUGGGCAUUUAGGUAUUACAGACUGGGUCAGGGAGAGGUUGAAAAUGUCAGUGAAGACACUUGGGGGCCUUCCCUGUAAUCCGCCAUGAACAAUUUGCCGCAAACUGAGGUGAGUCAAUAAACAAAUGAACACAGAUCCAGCCCACUGUGCUCACUGUCUAGAGAAGCCUCUCAUUUGAUUCUCUUCACCACCUCAACCAAAAAGUAAUUUGUUUCUUAUUUGCUUGCUGAGGAGUCAAAGGAGUGAGACGGAUAUCUGGGUUGAUACUGUGCUUUCCGCAUGUCAAUCAACUUAAUUGUUUGUCUUCAAAUAAUUAUUAAUCUAAGUUUUGAUUAUUCAAAUUUAAACCCACUGUUAUUUACGGAGUGUUAGUGCUAAUGGAACGCAUAAAGAGCUGUGGGUGGUGUAAAAAUGUGAUGCACGAACACACACACACACACACAGGCAGGCAGGGACACACAUUUAUACAAUACAAAAAAACAGUGAUGCGCAUCCUAAUUAAAGAACAUAGUAUAUAUGAGAGGUCAAUAAAACUGUUUUGUAAAUCAUUGUGAGUUGCUUCUAUACCUUAUGAAGUGUUCCUGUGAUUUUCAGCAACACCUCAACUCUCUUUGUUGAGAGAAUCGAGGUUGAGCAUCAAACAAACUAUUCACUUUUCCUCCCUCGCAAACCACAAACACCAAACACUUCCAGCAGUUGUCUACAAGAUUUACAAAGUAGCAUGCCUGAGUCUCUUGACCAACACAAUUCCUUAGCUAGCCCUUGAUAGAUUUACUGAAUUCAUAAUUUCAAUGGAAAGUCACCUCGCUCACUUCUGUGUUCCUGGAAUGGAUCAGUUCCUGAUUGGAAACCUUCUAUCAGUAAUUUAAUUCCACCUGGGAUACCUCGCUACACCCACUCCAGGAGACCUGGUGGCUCUUAGGGAUAGGAUUGAGAAACCACAGAUUUAUACCAUUAUCCAUUAUCUUUGUAUGCUUUGGCAGAGAGGCCUCAUAAAGCCCUUAUUGACGUAUGACUCCAGUGAGAAAGAGAUUGUAGAAUAGUAAGCAAGGAGGUGAUGUACAGAAUGUGUUGCGUACACUCAUACCGGAACCCAAAAGGGUUCUUCAAAGGGUUCUACCAUGGGGACAGCUGAGGAACCCUUUCAAGUUCUAGAAAUAACAAAACAUUCUAAGAGUACAAGGGUUACCUUCUGCUCAGUCAAGAGCUGAUGUGUAUUCAAGUGGUAUAUUUAUCUGUAAUAUUUACAGAUUUAUAUUAAGAAGAUAUUUAUAUGGACACGUGAAGAUGUUUUUUGUGUAAAUAUUCAGUAUAUCUGGAGGUUUUUGCUAUUACAGGUGGAGAACUCUGCCUUGACGAUGGAGAACGACAACCAGAGGAAGCAGUAUGAACGCUGUCUGGAUGAG